UGUGCGAAUCUAAGGAUUCUUUCCUUUCAUCUUUAUCUAAUUUCAGGCAAAUUAUAAUCUUUCACAAGUUAGUUCUUUCAAGUGUUCAACUCCAGAUUGAUCAAAGUUUAUACGCACUUACUAAGCAAUUCAAGGUUCCAAAGAUAAAAAAGAUGCCAAAGAUCUAUGAGAUUGAUAAUGAUAAAGUUGUGGGUUUUGAGAAUGAAGCAGCAACAAUUAUAAAUCAACUUAUUCAUGGGUCAAAUGAGAAAGAAGUAAUUUUAAUUACUGGUAUGGGCGGAUUGGGAAAGACAACUUUGGCCAAGAGAGUGUAUGAGGAGAAAUCUGUAGUCAACUACUUUGACAAGCAUGCAUGGUGUACUGUUUCUCAAGAAUAUGAUUAUUGUAAGAACUUGUACAAAAUAUAUAGUCAAGUAUGUGAUGAUACUGAGGUUAAGAUUGACAAUGUAGCUGAAAAGCUUCGCAAAAGCUUGAUGGGAUGGAGAUACCUCAUAGUGUUGGAUGAUAUUUGGAGUGAGAAAGCAUGGGAAGAGUUGAAUAGAGUUUUUCCCUCGUGUGACAAGGGAAGUAGAAUUGUUUUAACAAGCAGAGAAAAAAGUGUGGUUUCUGAUGCCAAACAUAUUUGUCAUCUUCCAUUCUUCACAACUGAUGAGAGUUGGGAAUUAUUGCAAGUGAAGUUAUUUAAAGGGAAGGAAUGCCCUAAACAGAUUAAAAGUGUUGGAAGAGAAAUAUCUAAAAAGUGUGGGGGACUACCUUUGAUAGUUGGUUUGAUAGCCGGGCUUCUGGGAGGAGUUGAAAAGAGUGAGCAAACGUGGCAAGAAUUCCUUAAUAAUAUUUUAAGCUCACAAGUUGCAUUUAGAGGCGGAAUGCAAAGCAAUGAUGUGAUAGAACUUAGUUACAAGCAUUUAUCACAUCAUUUGAAACAAUGCUUACUUUACUUUAGUGCAUUCCAAGAGGAUGUAGAAAUUGAAGUUUCUUAUCUAAUAGAACUAUGGAUAUCUGAAGGAUUCAUAGAGAUUAUGGAGGAGAAGAGAGUAGAAGACACAGCAAAGCAUUAUUUGAACCAUCUGGUUGGAAGUAACUUAGUAAUGAUUUCUAAAAGGAAUUACGAUGGUGACAUCUUAUGUUGUGCUGUUCAUGAUUUGGUACAUGAUUUUUGCUUAGCAAAAGCUAAAGAGGAAAAUUUUUUGCACAUAAUUAAGAUGGAAGAUAAAUUGGAUCCAACUUUGAAAUUUACUCCACAUAGAAUAUCUUUCCAUAGAUAUAGCUGUGAUGGUGAGAUUCCUAAUGAAUUGGUACCAUGGAAUUCUCCUAUCGGCACAAUUUUGGGUUACCCAAAGAUUUACACAAUCAAUUAUUGGAAUGCUUAUGAUGGCUCAUGGUUGGGCAAAAAAUUUGAACAUCUCACAAUCUUGAAUUUUGAGUUCAUGAGUGUGUGCGAAUCAAUUUUAUCCGAAAUGAACUCACUAGUUCAUCUAAAGUAUCUAGCUCUCUAUCUAUACGGAAGUGGUUCUAUCUCACCAUUAUCACUCAAGAAUCUUCAGUGUCUCGUAACUUUAAAGUUGAGUUCAGACAAGGAUUUGCAUUUGCCAAAAUAUUUUUUGAAUUUGAAAAGUUUGAGACAUAUGACUAUCUCCCACUAUGAUUGUGAUUCAUGCCCAACAGAACCAACUCCAGCAGGUGGUAUUGAAACAAUUUCUGGUUUAGAAGUCUUACAGAGCUUAGAUUUGGAGACUUUUUUGUGUAUAAGGAGGGAUGAACAUUUAUUGAGGAAGCUUUCCCAUCUCAAAUACUUGAAUUGUGCGGUCUCACCAUAUCCAUUUGCUGAAGAAAUUGGCAUGCUGCAUCAUCUUGAAUUUCUCCGGUUACAUGAACUCCGUUAUAGGGGGGGUCAUAAACUAUAUAGUCAUAUGAAUCCACAUCUUCUUAAGGAUCUUAAACUCAGCAAGUUUCCACCAAAUAUUAAGGAAAUAAAUUUGGAGAGUAUUACUCUUUCGUCGUCAGCAAUUUCAAUAAUUGCACAACUCUCCAAUCUCGAAGCUCUAAUACUAGUGGCUUGCAAGUUUGAGAAGGAAGAAUGGAAUGUGGAUGAGGAAACCCUAUUCUGCAGACUCAAAUACCUGGAAUUAAUCAAUCCUGGGAUUAGCAUUUGGAAUAUAAGCAGUGCAGAGUGUUUUCCUUGCCUUGAGCAAGUAAUUUUGAAUAGUUGUUGGAAUUUACAAACGGUGCCUUGUAGUUUGGCGGAUAUUUUUACAUUGAAACUAAUCCGUGUGCAUCAGUGCACUGCUAGCUGUGCACGUUCGGUGAAGAAAAUUGAGAAAGAUGUACAAGAGAUGGGAAAUGAUGAGCAACUCAAGAUUAUAUUAAGAAGAAUGGCAAAUGAUUCAGAUAUAAGUUUUGAAAAUAUGACAGGGCCUAUAAAGAGAAGACAUGAUCGAUAUUAUCUGAACCUGCAAGAAAAUUUGAGAAUAGGAUGCAUGGCUUAUUUGGCUGCAAAAAAAUUUCUCAACGACAAAGGGGAAUGUUAGAGCAUCAACAAUAGUGGAUUUUAAGUGAUUUUUACAGGUUUUAAUAUAUAUGUGGAGGAUAGAAAAAGAUGAGAGGGAAUAUUUGGGGUUCUUGUAGAAGAGAUUGAGUUCUUGUCCACACAGUGGAUCCCGUCAUUAAAAAAAAUUCUCCUAAAGCGCGUGAGGAGAACAUAAGUGCCCAGCAGGGCGUAUGCACACCAUAUACCAGGCUGGGUGCGUAAAACAUCAUUUUAAUUUUAUUUUUUUCUUUAAAUAUUUGUUAGACUUUGUUUUA